AUGGCCAGUGAGUGCUCAGGCACUUCUCUGCAGCUCCUUGCCAAACUGCUACAUGAUACUCAAGAAGAAGAUGAUGAUGAUGAUGAUGAUGAUAAGGAACAUCCAGACUGUUCUUUUAGCACCAUGACUCCUGGUAGUAUUGGACCAGCAAAGAAAGAGACCACUGGUACUUUUCAAGCGAAAUCUGAAAACAGGAAAACUAUUUGGAAUACAGAGGAAGUCCCAGAAGGAUCUGAAUUUGAUGAUAACUGGGACCCUAGAGAACAGCCAGAGUAUCAGAUUUUAUUCAAACAGUGUGUGGGAACAGAGGACGUCUUCUUUGGGAUGAGCAGGAAAGACCCCUCUACAGCCUGCUGUGAAGAUAUAGUGAUUAAAAUCAAGCUUCCAGAGACAAAGUACUCAGAAAUCACAGUAGAUAUCCAGGACGAGGUUCUUGACCUUAGAACUCCCAAAAAGAAGCUGCUACUGCAUCUCCCCUACCGUGUAGACAGCAAGAAUGGUAAAGCUCGUUUUCUCUCUGAAGAGGAAACCUUGGAAGUCACCUUGAGGGUAUUAAGGAAGUUUGAUUUCAUAAAUUUUUCCUGA